CUGGAUUGCGGUCUUGGUGAAGCCCCUCACUGGGAGCCAUCGCGUGGCUCUGGUCUACGCUUCGUUGAUAUUGUGAAGUUGAAGUUGCACACGGUCAAUGCGGGCGAUGCUUCCUCGCAUAAGCAAUGGAGUCUGCCCUAUUCCAUCGGCGUCACAGCGGACAUUGAGGGCAAUGACACAGAGUUCGUAUUCGGUGGCAAGUCUGGUUAUGGAAUAAUGGAGCGCGAAACUGGAAAGGUUCGGAUUAUCAAGGACAUGUGGACCGAUGAGGAGCGCAAAGACGACGGCGGCGGCAAGCCAAAAGUAGGCAAGAACAGGCAAGACCGUAUGCGGUCAAAUGAUGGAGCUGUCGACGCUGCCGGACGCUACUUCGUGGGCACGAUGAACGAUCAGGAUUUGGUAGGAGAGAACUUCACUGACGAAGGCGUUCUGUUCCGACUCGACCCGGAUCUGUCCCUUCACCGAGUCAAGGAGGGAGUGACGAUUCCCAAUGGCAUGUCGUGGACCGCCGACAACAAGACGAUGUACUUCACGGACUCACCCUCCGGCAAAAUCAUGACCUAUCCUUACGAUUUGGCAACUGGAAACAUUGACUUCUCCGCUGGCAAGACGUUCUUCACCUGUCCCGUUGAAGGCGGUGUCCCAGAUGGUCACAUCCAAGACAUCGAAGGCCAUCUGUGGGUCGCAUGCCACGGCACCAGCAAAGUCUUCCGGGUCAAUCCAUCAGGCCAGAUCGUCGCUGAGAUUGAGCUACCCACACGCUGCGUGACGUGUCCGACGUUUGUGGGAACCGAACUCUACAUCACGUCGGCAGAGGAGCAGGAUCCUGAAAAGUAUCCUGAAAGCAAGAAAUACCAAGGAGGAUUGUUCCGGGUUGAUGGUAUGCAAUAUCUCUUGUUCGAUAUGCAUCAUUCUGGCAACAUGCUAAUCAAACGGUAA